AUGUCGGCAAUCAAUCGGUCCCUGGAGCAGAGCAGGCUCGAGAUUAUGAUCCUCGCCAUCGGCGUCUUGGUCCUCGUCUCUCUGCUUGGCCUCUUUGUCUUUAUCAAUCUCCGCUUCAGGCCGCGGGGCGAGCGCAAGGCGCAGCAGAUUGAUUACGGCUACGACCAAAAGCCGAAGAGCCUGCUUCCGGCCGAGACGGCCAGAUACAACCAUGGCGACACCUUAAUAGACUCGGUCCGCCGCCGCAGCGCCUCACUCGCCGACAAUGCCAAGAGAGAGUCCGCCAUCCUGACGCGCCGCGUCACAAUGUCCGCGUCGAUCGAUGCCACAGCCAGCGGCCAAGACGUCAGGCCCCGGCCAGAACAAAGGAGCUUCCAGCUCGUGUCAUCCACCAGCAGAGAAGCCGCUGCCCAGGAAAAGGUCCAGGACGACCAUAAGAAUACGAUAAUCGCGCCGUCGGGGAACGACGUGAGCCAUGAUGAAGCUGACCAGGAGAUUGUUAUGAUGUAA